ACAAACAAAAACCCUGCAAAGCCUCACUACAACUUCCUACAAUUUCUUGGCUGUCCUGUUUUGUUUAUCUCUCUUUCCUAAAAGUUUCUCACAAUCCAAUGCUCAUGUCGUCUUCUUCUUCUUCACAAAGUGUAAACAUGAAGACGAUCUCUUAACAGCCAAAUCUUUAACUUCUUGUUAGACUGAGAAUCAGAGCAAGCUUAGAAAACCCUCUAAAUGGGUUGUUUUCUUGCUUGUUUUGGAUCUUCCAAAGAUCGAAAACGCCGAAAUCAGAGGAAGAACCAGGUCCUCCCUCGACACCAAAUACAUGGAAUCCGUAAGCCUCUGCAGCCUAUUGUCUCUCCAGAACAGGACACCUCUGCAAAACCUGUGAACCUGAUUUCAAAAGUUCCACAUAGGCGUGAGGAACAAUUGAGCCUGAGUACCCGAAAGAAAGUUACUUUUGAUACAAAUAUCAAGACCUAUGAGCCUGUUUCGGUCUGCGAAAGCAUUGAAAUUUUACCGGAAAGCAAUAUAGAUGGUGAGAUGAAUAAGGAGGAAAGUUCAGGAAAAUCGAGCUCAUCCCACUUGCUAUCGGAAGAUGAUUCUGUUAUUUCAAGUGUUGAAUCUUAUCCUUCCCAUCAUAGGUAUCAAAAUUGCAGAGACAGUGAUGAUGAAGUGGAGAAUUUUGAGUGUGCGGUCAGUGAUUUGGAUGGUGAUGAUGAUGAAGAAGAAGAAGACUAUGAAGAUAAUGAUGAGGAUGACAAUGACAGAUUUGUAGGCCAAGAAGUGUGGUUUGAGUCGAUUCCAACUUCAUCAAUGGAAUCAGGCACAGAAACUUCUUCAGCUCGAGUGUUUACGGAGGAGGUAGACAGUCAUUUGACAAUGAGUGGUUUGGGCGAGCGAGAAGUGAAAACAAUUGGGUCAAACAAAAAAGCUCGAGAUAGAAGUGUUUAUGUUCAUCCUGUGCUAAACCCUGUAGAGAAUCUCACUCAAUGGAAAGCUGUGAAAUCAAAUUUCACACUACCUUUAAAGGCUCAGAAUGAGAAUUUCACAGCAUUUAGAGACAGUGAUGAUGAAGUGAAGGAGUUUGAGUGUGAGGUCAGUGAUUUGGAUGGUGAUGAUGUAGAAGAAGAAGAAGAAGAAGACUAUGAAGAUAAUGAUGAGGAUGACAAUGACAGAUUUGUAGGCCAAGAAGUGUGGUUCGAGUUGAUUCCAACUUCAUCAAUGGAAUCAAGCACAGAAACUUCUUCAGCUCGAGUGUUUACGGAAGAGGUAGACAGUCAUUUGACAAUGAGUGGUUUGGGCGAGCGAGAAGUGAAAACAAUUGGGUCAAACAGAAAAGCUCGAGAUAGAAGUGUUUAUGUUCAUCCUGUGCUAAACCCUGUAGAGAAUCUCACUCAAUGGAAAGCUGUGAAAUCAAAUUUCACACUACCUUUAAAGGCUCAGAAUGAGAAUUUCACAGCAUUUAGCUCUGAGCCGACUUUCAAGCAAUCAUCACCACUCCGUUUCAAGUCCAAACCGGAUCAAUUCAAGUAUCAAAAUCAAGAAAUAGCUGUUGAUGCUAGUCUUUCAAGUUGGAUUGUCUCCUCUGAAACCACACCCUCCAAGAAGACUGGCUUUAAUGGGUUUGAAACCAUGUCUCAGGGAUCAAAUUCUGUGAUGAGCAUAGAAGAUAGACCAAUUUUAUUGACAGUGGAGGAACUCAAACAGUUUUCAGCAUCGUCCUCUCCAAGGGGGUCACCUAGUCGAUGCCCAUAAUAGGUACUGUUGGGACAUAUUGGAGUCACACAGAGCCAACCAAGGGUCACGGUUCAUUGUCUUCCUAUAAAGGCAUACCAAACACAACCAGCAAGUACAGAGAGGUAUUUGCUUUGUGAAGUGAAAUUUCACGUGUUAUGUGUGCAAUAUAGGUAAAUGUUGGAAUCUAACAUGAAGAGGGGGUAAUGGUUUGCAGGAUAAGAUAGGGAAUUCAGACAAGGUUGGAGAGAGCUUUGAACAGCAGACAUGCUGCUGAUGCUUAAUCUACAUAUAUUCCCAGUGUUUUUUGUGAGAUGGUCUUGGACUGUUUGUUUUUUCUUCAAUUCUUUUUUAUUUAUUUUUCUUUCACAGUUCAUUUGUUAUUGUUUUGUGGAUUGAUAUAUGUGGGUAGUGUGCAAAAUUGUUUGUUUGCGUAAUUCCUUAUUGUUUUGACAUUUGAUAAUCAAUGGAUUGAAUUUUUUUAUUUACUCA